AUGAUGGUACCAACUCACGCGUUUAUCGAUCGCAAGAUAAGGGUGUUUAUUUCAAAAUUAAGACGAUCAGAUCAACAGCCAAGCAAUGCUGACGAAGCUUCUAAACGUCGUGCAUUGCUAAGUAAAAUGUGGGGUAUUGGAAAAAAGACAUCGCAUAAAGUACGAGAAUUAGUUGGAAAUGAAGAUCAGAGUCAAUCUCAGACACAAAUGCAAAUUCAACAACCAUCAACAAUUGAAACAAUACAAGUGUCUCCAACAAAAAUUGUCGGUAAAAAUGAAAGUGAUGGAACUGUUCUUGUUAAAAGACAAACAAAAUUCUCUCAAGAACAAGAUUUACACAUUCAAUAUCAAACAGACGAAAUAAAAUCGAAUUUCAAUAGGAUGGAUCUCUCUAAUCCAGCUUUGGGUAAUUCAAGAUUAAUUCAACAACAGCCUUCAUCGAUUCCUCCACCACCAUCUUUGCCACCUCAAAUUCAACCACAACAAAUAUCCACUUCUCGAAUUUGUCAGUCAAGUGCACUUGAUGCUUAUGCACGUGCAAGUGCCAUAACACAUCGCCUACGUCUAUUAAACUCAAAAGUUGAUACAAGUGGACAAACAGUACAACAAGCGGUAGUUGUUCCCAAAGAACCCACUAUCACUCUCCCCUCAGUUCUUUCUUCUUCAACAAUGGCCAUAGUAAAUCAUAGUCAAUAUAAAAAAUCGAAAAAAAGUGAUAAAAGACGUUCAACAUCUACAUCAUCGUCUUCGUCUUCUACUUCCUCAUUGUCAUCUUCAAACGCCUCAUCAAAAUCUAGUUAUCGAUCGAACAGUAAACGUUCAAAAACAAAACAGUCAUCAUCUUCUAAACAUGGCAAAACGGUGUACAAAUCUCAAUCAUCAACUAGAAUUCCCGAUAAAUCAUCAACUAAAUCGUAUAAUAACCAAGAUCUAAUGGAGAUAAGUGAUGAGGAACAAAAUGGGAAAUCAGCAUCAUCGUUGGUUAUUGUCAAAAAGGACAAG